UGAUGCUAUCCCUAUAUAUAAGGCAUAUAGCUGGUUUACUUACGUUAAUCAUACAUGCAGUAUCGAAUAUGACUAUAGGUAGUACACUGAGCGUACAAUACACUGACUAGAGGUUAGGGUUAGGUUUAACAUAGGUAUAUGAUACUGUACUACCACCAAUAACAUCAGUACUGUAUCUAGAGCAAACCGUUUACUUAACGAAAUCUUUUAAAAUGGAAUGUUUGCCGACGGAAGAUAUACAUUGUACAGCUAUGAUAAAUGAGUGGACGAGGUUAUAUUCGUUUAUGACGUUUCCUCCAGACUCGGCUGUGAGGCCGAUACUCCUACGAUUCCCUAAGGCAGGAUUCUAUUACACCGGCUCAGGAGAAGAAGUUGCUUGCUUUUGUUGUGGACUGAAAAUUGAAUUCUGGCCUGCGGACGAGACCGCAUUUGAAGUUCACCGACGGCUUUCCCCGCAUUGCAGAUAUAUAUGUGGUGGGGAUACUACUAACAUUACAAUUCAUGGAGAUAACAGAUUGAAAACUGUACCAAAUUAUUCGAAAGGCUCGUAUUUUACAUCAGAGUGUGGGAAAACAUUGAGUGAAACACAAUCUGUACAUUUUAAUUUUAAAAACUCUGAUUCUGAAAGUGAUAAAGGUAGCUAUACCAAAUCCUCGCAUACUGCUGGACAGUCAAAUGACACUGGACUAAAGGUAGAACUUUAUCCAAGAAUUAGUGGUUCCAGACCUAAAUAUUCAGACUACGCUCUGUUAAGUGAACGGCUAGCAUCAUCUUCCCAAUGGCCAGAGCGGCAUGGGUUGGAGCCGCAAGUUUUAGCUAAAGCAGGAUUUUACUCUGCAGAAAAACAAAGAUUACUGGAAGAAAACCGUAGACUAAAGGAUCUUAUAACAUGCAAGAUUUGCUUGGACAAUGACGCCUGUGUUGUAUUUCUUCCAUGCGGACAUUUGAUGUCUUGUAUAGAAUGUUCAAAAUCUUUGAGAAAAUGUGCAAUUUGUAGAACAGUAUUGCAAAGGACAGUGAGGGUGAACCAAUCUUGAGUCACUGUAGUCCUGCAUGAGGACAAAGAAACUGGGAGUGUUCAGCAAUCUGACUGAUCAUUAUUUUGUUUAAAGAGGAUUUUUUUUACAACUUUUAAAAGACAGCUAAUAUGUAACAGUUCGGAUGACUUUCAGUAUUAUCAUUUUAUUUGUUUAUUUUUUUUUACUUUAUUGAUUUUUAUUGAAUAAGCAUGUAAUAUGAUAUUUUAGUUCUGUGAUAUACAUAUUUAUUGUCGCUAGAAAUAAAGGAUCUGGUUUAAAGAAGAA